CAGAGCUGCAAGGGGGGACCUGCGGCCACGCCAAGCCCCAGCAAGGCUUCACUUAGCUGUGUAACAUCUGCUGAGGCCUCCCCGCCUCCAAGACAUCACUAUGGCAAUGCUGCUCCCCCAGAAUCCAUCUCAGGUACAUGCGGCCGCUGUGAACGGAGACAAGAACACCUUGCAGAAACUGAUUACAGCAGAGUCUGGUCUGCGGGACAGUGAAGAUCAGUUUGGUCGGACUCCUCUGAUGUAUUGUGUACUGGCUGACCGUUUGGACUGUGCAGAGGUGCUUCUUAAGGCCGGCGCCGCCAUCAACAAAACUGACCACAGUCAGAGGACUGCCCUGCAUCUCGCUGCACAGAAGGGCAACGUGCGUUUCAUGAAACUCCUACUGUCGCGUCAUGCUGAUUGGCGAUUGAAAGAUCUGGAGGAAAUGACUCCAUUACACCUGGCAUCCCGUCAUUCCAGCUCCAAACCUUUGUCUCUGCUCCUCAAACACAUGGCGCCCGGGGAGGUGGACACACAGGACAGGAAUAAGCAGACGGCGUUGCACUGGAGUGCUUUCUACAAUCACCCCGAGCAUGUAAAGCUGCUGAUCAAGCAUGAUUCAAACAUCGGCAUCCCAGACAGUGAAGGCAAGAUCCCUCUACACUGGGCAGCACACAACAAACACCCCAAUGCCACCCGGACAGUGCGCUGUAUCCUAGAAGCUGCUCCAACAGAGUCUCUGUUGAACUGGCAGGACUAUGAGGGACGGACCCCUCUGCAUUUUGCAGUGGCUGAUGGAAAUGAGGCAGUGGUUGAGGUCCUGACUUCAUAUGAAGGUUGCAGCGUUACAGCCUAUGAUAACCUGUUCAGGACACCACUGCACUGGGCGGCACUGCUGGGUCAUGCUAAGAUUGUCCACCUGCUGCUGGAGAGGAAUAAGUCUGGGAUGAUCCCGUCAGACAGUCAGGGAGCAACACCGCUGCACUAUGGAGCUCAGAGCAACUAUGCUGACACUGUUGCAGUGUUUCUGAAACACCACUCUGUAAGAGAUGAGCCUGAUCUGGAGGGACGAACCGCUUUCAUGUGGGCUGCUGGGAAAGGCAGUGAUGAUGUCAUCAAAAUCAUGCUGGAUUUGAAAAAAGACCUAGACAUCAACAUGACAGACAAAUAUGGAGGGACAGCUCUUCAUGCGGCUGCGCUUUCAGGUCAUGUGUCCACUGUGCGCUUGCUGCUGGAGCAGGGAGGAAUGGUGGACCCACUGGACGUCAUGAAACACACCCCUCUGUUUCGUGCAUGCGAGAUGGGCCAUCGAGAUGUCAUACUAACACUCAUUAAAGGAGGUGCUCGUGUUGAUCUAGUCGACAUAGACGGUCACUCUGCACUGCACUGGGCAGCUCUGGGUGGUAAUGCGGAGGUGUGCGAGGUGCUAAUGGAGAACGGGAUCAGUCCUAACCUGCAGGACCAAGCUGGACGGACACCCUUACAGUGUGCGGCGUAUGCUGGCUACAUAAACUGCAUGGCCUUGCUCAUUCAGCACGACGCAGACCCUAAUAUUCAGGACAAGGAGGGGAGAACCGCACUCCACUGGUCCUGUAAUAAUGGUUAUCUGGAUGCCGUGAAGCUGCUGCUGGGGUGCGGAGCAUUUCCCAAUCACAUGGAGCACACUGAAGAGAGGUACACUCCUCUGGACUAUGCUCUUCUGGGUGAGCAUCAGGAACUGACUCAGUUCCUCCUGGAGCAUGGAGCUCUGUCCAUCGCCGCCAUCCAGGACAUCGCUGCCUCCUCCAUCCAGGCACUUUACAAAGGCUACAAGGUCCGGCGGGCCUUCAGGGAACGCAAGAAGCUCCUCAUGCGACACGAACAACUGCGCAAGGAUGCUGCCAAGAAGAGGGAAGAGGAACGCAGGCGUGAGGCGGAGCAGCAGCUCUCGUUGGCUAAGGCAGGUCAGAAGCAGCGCAUCUUAUUGGCUGCAGUCGGGGUGGAAAAGCUGUCACUGGAUGAAGCGGAGCAGAGGGUUAAAGAUUCAGUGGUGACAAAAGGACACAAACACAAAAAGUCCUCCAGUGCUCUUAAUAGUCUGAGCAGGAGAGAGAAACCUAGUAGAGCUGAGCGCAGAACGAGAGAACCUGAAACAGCAGACGCUUCUCUCCCUCCAGUGACCCCAAUGAGCACCAAGAAGUGUCCAGUCACCAUAGAGGAUGUGCGUGUGAGAGAAACACUUGGUCCAGAUACAGGCAUAUCAUUGAAUUGUGGAUCUGCAAAUGAGCGCCCAUCCCCCGCUGGCUCCAGUCGACCAGGCAGUGCCAAACCCGUCCACACAGGGACCCAUGUAGCACCAGGCCACAUGGAGACCACCCCAACCCCUAAACCGAGACCCAGUACUACAGGUGCCCACAAAAAUGCAUCACAGGACACACCACAACACAAUGAGACGCAGACAAUGUCCAAAGGAAGCAAGCCCGUAUCAGAACACAAACCUACAGGAAGCCAGCCUUCCAACAUCACUUCUGUCACACGGCAAAAAGAGAAACGGCCAGAAAGGGAGACGCACAGAGAAAAGGAUAAAAGAUCAAGGACUGAGGGAGAUAAACAGACUGUUAGAGAGAAACAGAAAGGUACAGGGAUUGAGAGAGACAAUGAGAGAUUGACGGGCAGGACGAGAAAAAAACAAGCGGAGAAAGAGAAGGAAAAGAGGAGAGACGGCAUCUGUAGUAAAAGCCAGGCUGCUGUUGUGAUACAGAGAGCAUGGAGAAGGUCCUGUGUUCGGGGUCGUAUUCGCAAGGUAUUGUGCAGGCCGUUGAAAGGGGUGGAGUCUGCUGAAGUCACAGCCCUGUUGAUUCAGCUGUUGUGGGAGUGGCCUGUCUUACAUGACCACACCCACCGUAAGCCAUCUGACAUUCAGGCUCCUCCUACCAGGAGCGCAGGGAAAAAGUGCUCCGUGCUGCAGAAUAUCUAUGGUGCUGCCCCAUCCAAAAGAGGGAUCUCUCUACGGGCGGCAGCUCUCAAAACACAGAGCCAGAGUCAGAGCCAAGUACUGCUGGAUCUGUCACUCAGAGCACACAAACAGCUGAGCGCCGUGGAGUGUGUGAAUCUGGUGGAUUCUGUCAGUCAGGCCAAGCAAUACUCUUACCAUCUACGGCCAUCCAGUGCUGCCAGUCAAAGCGGCCCGAACCGAACAAAAAAAUGACACAAAAUGGACACCGUGUGUGUAUUUCUGCAGGAACUGAACCUGGAAUAAUCUGCACUUUUACACUAAAGCGUGAGGUACAGUAUCGUCUGCGUUUACAUGUCAAAUCUGCAGCAUCACCUCGAUUAUUGCAGAGGUUAGAGGUUAAAACCACAAACACAACAAAUGUAUUAGAUAACCUUUCAUUCUGUCGACAACAGGUCAUAUACCUGUCGUAAGGGUGACAUACGCCUUACGUAACAAGACCACCUGCAUGGGAGACCACUGAGUGCUCAUGUGGACAGUAAAAGACGGCGCUCUGAAACAUACUCCUAUUUUCAGCCUGUUGCUAAUGAUGUCAGAUGUCUGUUAUAUUCUUGUACUCCAUUGUUGUCUUUUUUACUGAGAAGUUAUUAUUGUUUUAUCUGGAUCUAUAAACCAGUGUAUUCUUUGUAUUAUAUUAAUG